AUGUCAUCGGAAAAGUCACCCGAGCCUACCAGGGAUGUAUCUGGCCAAGAUCAAUCUGCGCCGAUGGAAACACAGUCGAUCCAAAACAAUCAUGACACAACACCUGUGGACAUAGAGUCAAGCCUUUCAGCAUGGGUUUGCGUUUUGGGGAGCUUCCUUUUCCUCAUGCCUACAUUUGGAAUGAUGCAAUCCGUGGGAACAUAUCAAUCUUACCUCGAAUUGAACCAACUCAGCAACUACACAGCCGGUGAUAUUGGUUGGAUACCCGGGAUGUACAUGUUCCUCUCCAUGCUUGUAGCUAUUCAAGUUGGGCCUGUUCUUGAUCAGCAUGGGCCGUUUGCAGUGAGCAUCAUUGGCGGUGGUGGCGUUGUUGUGAUGUUCAUCCUACUCGCCGAGUGCAAACAGUAUUGGCAGUUUAUGCUAUGCUUUGGAAUUCUCGGUGGGCUUGCGACAGCUAUUGCAGGCACUAUAGGCGUCACUGUCGUCGCUAAACUCUUCUCAAGAAGGCGAGGUUUGGCUAUUGGGCUGGCUCUGACUGGAUCGUCGAUUGGAACAGUCAUCUUCCCCAUCAUGCUUCGAUCCUUACUCCCCAAGCUUGGAUGGAGCUGGUCGAUGCGUAUUGUGGCCUUUGUCAUUCUCGGUAUCUUCAUUGUUGGUACUCUAUGCCUCAUUCCUUACAAGCGACUAGCCAAUCGCGUUGCUCUACCUGUCGCCAAGAAACGCGGCAUAGCCGUUCUCAACUUUUCAGCUUUUCGGUCUGUUCCAUUCUCAUUGCUAUCAGUCAUGUAUUUUGCCAUUCAGUUCGUUCUCUACGGCAUCGGAGGUCUCCUACCUACUUUUGCAAUCGAAGCUGGUAUGAAGGCUGAGGCUGGCUAUACCUUGCUCUCUAUCGUUGGCGGAGCUUCAGCAUUUGGCCGUGUUAUCCCUGGAAUAGCUGGCGACAAGUUUGGUCAUUGUAAUGUCUUGAUAUUCAUGAUGAUAAUGACCCUUAUCUUCAUGGGUGCUUUGUUUGUACCGUUUGGUAACAGAAGCGUCGUGCUCUAUGUUUUCACUGGGCUGUGGGGAUUUUGCUCCGGAGGGUUCUUGUCCAUAACACCAGUAUGUGUCGGAAAGACAUGCGAUCCAAAAGAAUACGGCCGAUACUAUGGUACCCUCAACUUCUUCAUCAGCUUCUCGUUGCUGGUCUCUAUUCCUGCAAGUGGUACUAUGGUUGAGAGAAUGGGUACUCAGGCACUGAGUGGACUUCUAACAGGUAUUCUUGCAUUGGGAUUAGGGUGUUUAGUUGCUGCAAGAGCCUUUCUCAUUGGUGAGUGGUUUGCAAUUACGACCAAGAUUUGA